GAGACGAUUGCGCUAGUAGCCGGUGACGUAGCGCUUUCCUGCUCCGAUGGGACACCCCUGCCCAAAAUAAUCUGGGGUUCGAUCGAACGCGCAGCCCACGGUUCCCUUUCACUUUCAUUGACUCGUACUCUCUCUGUCCUGAACGCGUUCAUCAUAUACUCAUAUCGCCUGUCCUCCGUGCUUGCUCGAAUUGGCGAUUCUGCUGAAUCAGAAAUCGCCCGAUCCCAUCUGCCUAUACGCCACAUUAACCAGGUUGGAGGUCCUACAUAUACAUCAGAACGGAGCGAACGCAUCUCAUUUCAUAUCGGAGCACUCGAACACAAUUGGCUUGCAGUGAGACACGGAAUCAGAUAUAAUCUUUUCACCUUCAUCAGCAGCGACCGUACCACACUUUUCUCUUCCGGUCACACAGUCGCUCACAACGUCAACAUGCCUAACAGGGGACCCACGUUGAUCAAUUUGCCUCCUCCUCCCUCCGACCCUGCUACUCCGAGUGAGAUGGGUCCUGGCACGCCCAAUUCGACCACAACUUCUUUCUCCACUCUUUCUGUUGUUGCGAUCAAAGAUGGGGCAAUGGGUCAUGGUGGCAGGGGUGCAACAGCCUCCGCCAACACUCUCGAAGCAGAGCGAGCUGACCGCAUCUCGCGCCUGGCUGGUCUGGAAAGAGUCGCCACCUCGCGACCAUCUCACCUUGGUCAUCUGGCGCCAGGAUCGACCACUGCAUACAGCCAAGGAUUCGACAAUGUCCCGCAGUUCAAGGAGCGAAGUACAGUCGGUAGCGCAAGCGCAACGGGUAGUGUUGGCGGCAGGACUACCUGGGCCAGUGGAAGUAUUGACUACGAUGCGGAUAAGAUGAGCGAAGACCAGGAAGAUGGUGUCUCCAGCACAGGCGGCUUCAGUGACGAAGACAAGGCCAGUCUGGUCGGCUUUGGUGAAGGUGCGGGCAGUACUGUUAGUGGCCCAGUAUCAACCCCUUACAACAUCCGCGGAACUAUUUCUCGGCAAAGCACGAAUGUUAAUGCGCCUUCAACUCCACGCACGAUGCCUGCUGCUGGAUCAGGACAGAGCACACCCAUGAGCGGUGUCACACCCAGUGCUGGCGCCGGCGGCAUGGAUCCGAAGUUUAUGGAUGGAAUGAGCUACGACCAUGAUAUUGUCGAUACAACAAUGCAAACGCCACCCGUCGAAGAGCCUACGCAGGAAGGUGGCUAUUCCGGAAUGGGUGCUGAGGUGGCAGAGCAUAUCAUGCGGAACAAACUAAGAGAUUCUGAACAUUCCCAUCAGCCGGUGGGAAUGACAGACGGGUCUAGGUUGGGCAGCUUUCCAUUCGAGAGAGAGUAGCGUGUGUUUUCCGAUCCGUGUCGAAGAGACCCGCUUGAUCUGCUUAUGGUGUUCCGGUUACAUGUGUGAGCUCGAAGGAUGAUGGUCAUGUGGGAAUGAAUUGUACGAUAGGGCGUGAAUAGGCACGGCGAGGAUGACGGAUGCUGAAAUGAUU